AUGAAGUUUCGCGAUGGAAUGUGGCUUCCCAUCGAGGGGAAGAGGACAGAAUAUGCAGAAGAUAUCUAUACCAUCACGAAACGGCCAGAUGGUAGAGCCCUGUCAUUACUAUGUCCGACGAAGCACGUCCGUUCGCGAGGAGAUACCUUAAACUUGCCAACCGUGACACUUGACCUUGAAGCGGUUUUUGAUGGCGUGAUUUCUGUCGAAGUAACUCACUGGUCUGGAGCUGCAAACAAAGGCCCCCAUUUUGAUCUUUUCCCUGACGGGAAACCCCAAGAUGAUGCUAGUAUUUCUGUUUCAGACAAAGGCACGACAAUUGCGUCGGGUAGUGUGAGCGCCACAAUUCAUCCUGAUCAGCACACAUUUGACAUCCGCUUCCACGCAACAGACGGGUCUAAGCAUUUAACUUCUCUACUGAAUCGCAGCGUCGGUUUUGCCUAUGGUCCAGCGCCUAGUACACCUAUUCAGCUUGAUGAUAUGAGGAACUUUGACCACUAUGUAUUCACGCAGACAACACUCGGCGUGGGCGAGACUGUACAUGGACUUGGCGAACGCUUCGGCGCAUUCAACAAGGUCGGCCAGAGCGUCACUCUAUGGAAUUCGGAUGGCGGCACAAGCUCUGAACAAGCCUAUAAGAACGUAUCAUUCUGGCUUAGCAAUCGGGGGUAUGGUGUGUUCAUCGACACUCCAGACAAAGUUGAUCUGGAAGUUGGAAGCGAACGUUCAUGCCGUGUACAAACCAGCGUGAAAGGCCAGCGACUAAAAUGGUAUUUGAUUUACGGGCCCUCGCCAAAGGAGGUUUUGUAUAAAUAUACCACCUUGACUGGCAGGGCAGGAAGAGUUCCAGCUUGGAGCUUUGGUCUGUGGCUUUCUACGUCAUUCACAACGAGUUACGAUGAGAAGACUGUCAGCUCAUUUCUUGAGGGUAUGGCAACCCGCGAUAUUCCAGUCGAAGUGUUUCACUAUGAUUGUUUCUGGUUGAAAGCUUUCCACUGGUGCGAUUUUGUGUUUGAUACGGAGAUGUUUCCCGAACCUUCAAAUAUGAUAAGCCGUCUCAAAUCCAGCGGCCUGGUCAAAAAGAUUUGCGUCUGGACAAACCCAUACCUCGGCCAAGCUUCUCCUGUUUUCAAGAUGGCAGCAGAGAAAGGCUAUCUAUUAAGGAGAAAGAACGGCGAUAUUUGGCAGACAGACCUUUGGCAAGCAGGAAUGGGAAUCGUGGAUUUCACAAAUCCUGAAGCUACAAAAUGGUUUGUCAGCUGCAUGGAAACUCUUUUUGACACUGGUGUGUCUGCCAUCAAGACGGACUUUGGCGAAAGAAUUCCAGUAGAUGAUGUUCAGUGGUUUGAUCCAAGUGUGGACCCGUCAAAGAUGCAUAAUUACUACUCCUUUGUGUACAACAAGGCGGUGUAUGAGGCUCUACAGAAACGCCAUGGCAAGUGUGAGGCUGUUGUCUUUGCGAGAGCCUCAACAGCAGGCUGCCAACGAUUCCCUCUACAGUGGGGUGGAGACUGUGAGUCGACUCCUGAAGCAAUGGCUGAAUCACUUCGCGGAGGUCUGUCUUUGGGUCUAUGUGGAUUCUCUUUUUGGAGUGUGGACAUUGGCGGCUUCGAAGGUUAUCCAUCACCGUGGAUAUAUAAACGAUGGGUUGCUUUUGGAUUAUUAACAUCGCACAGCCGUCUUCAUGGCAGCAACAGCUAUCGUGUUCCUUGGACGAUUGACAAUGAUGAUCAAGGAGAACAGAGCUGCGCAAAGACACUAGCAAGAUGGACAGCUCUGAAGGCUCGCCUCAUGCCAUAUUUAUAUGCACAGGCGGCAGAGGCUAUUGCUGGAGGUCUUCCGCUAAGUGUCCGCGCCAUGUGCUUAGAGUUUCCGGAAGACCCAACCUCUUGGUAUCUCGACCGCCAAUUCAUGCUUGGCUCUAAAUUACUGGUGGCUCCAGUUUUCGAAGAGACAGGAGACGUCGAAUUCUACUUGCCUGAAGGCCGAUGGACGAACUUUUUCACAGGAGAGGUAAAGUCCGGGCCUAGGUGGGUGAAAGAAAAGCACGACUUUGAUACACUGCCAUUUUACGUCCGCGAAAACACCGUCUUGGUUUUGGGUAAAGAAGGCGAGAGGCGGACGGUUUACAACUAUCUUGAGGAUGUCGAAGUUCGUUUGUAUCACGCUACCACUGGAGCUGAAGCGCAGCUGGUUGAUAGCGAUGGCAACGAAAAAGGCAGGCUGAAAAUCGAUACUAACAGCUCUGUCAUCGGUCAGGAUCUUCUUCAAGGCAACUCAAGUAUUCAGAUAAUAUCUUAA